AUGAAAGCACUGCUGAAAGCAGAAAACACAGAGGUGGACAAGGCAGACAAGGAUAGUAAUACGCCGUUACAUCUCGCAGUAGCGGGCAGCCACUUGGAAGCAGUAUCGUUCCUCCUUGAUGUUGGGUCAGACAUUAACAGAAAAGGAAAUGGCAAUCAAACCCCACUUUUUAAAGCAUCUUGUUAUACUGGCAGUGUUGGUAUCGUCGCAGAACUCCUUAAUCGUGGUGCCGAUCCAGAACUUCCGACAGACUCCGGAUGGUUUCCUCUUCAUGAUGCUGCAGACAACAUAGAGAUGACCAAACUCCUCAUUAGCAAACAUGCAAAUAUAAAUGUUCAGAAACUAGAUCAAUGGACACCGUUGCAUCUAUCAAUUGAAUGGGGGGAAAAGGAAAUCGCUCAAUUCUUACUUGCGAAUGGGGCUGACCCCAACAUUCUUGACAAUAAGGAGCAAACCCCAUUUCACCUGUCUUGGGCUGCAGGUCUGGAUGACAUUUUCAUACAACAUCAAGGACUUAUUCGUGUUGAUCCGAGUAUUUAUGAUUAUCAUGGAAUGACUCCUAUUCAUAGAGCCGCCUCAGUAAGCUCUCCCUAG